AUGUUGAAGCAUCCUCAAUUGGGACAAAAGGUUAUACUACCAUCUUCAUUUACAGGUGAUAAACGUUAUAUGUUUAAUAAUUGCCAGGAUGCUAUGGCAAUUUGCAAGCAUUAUGGUUAUCCUGAUUUGUUUCUCACUAUUACUUGUAAUCCAAAUUGGCCUGAAUUUCAAAGAUAUACCCGUCGUGAAGGGAUUCCAAUUGUUGAUAGACCGGAUAUUUCUUGUCGAGUUUUUCAUGCUAACCUGAAGUGUCUUCUAACUGACCUUAAAGGUGGCACUUUUUUCGGUCCUCUCAAUGCUGGUAUGUAUACAAUCGAGUUUCAAAAAAGAGGUCUACCCCAUGCACAUUUUUUCCUUUGGCUUGAUAGAAGAAACACGUUGCAGAAUGUUGAACUUGUUGAUGAAUUAAUUUGUGCAGAAUUACCUAAUCUUGCAACAUUUUCUAAUUUGUAUAGGAUGGUCAUAAAAUAUAUGAUUCAUGGUCCGUGUGGUUGAAUACGACCGACUUCUCCUUGUAUGAAAGAUGGUAAAUGUUCAAAGUUUUACCCUAAGCAGUUUGUGAAUGAGACUACAUUUGA